UCCACCAUCAAAGGCAGAAGGCAGAGAGGCAGAUGUCUUCUGGUUCCUCCCCCACUCUUCCUUUCUCUGAAUACCCAUGAGUCUGUUAGUGGAGGCGAGUGCUCACCCUGGCUGAUCAUUCUGUGGCUUGCCUGUAUUUGUUGGAUGAAUUCUUCUGGAAGAUGGAACGGAGCAGGAUUCUGGCUGGUCUGAUACUGGCUGCUUUUCUCCCUCAAGGAAGCCCUUUCAAGAUACUAGUGACCGAAGAUGAGGACCAAGUAUUUGUGAAUUGCAAUACCAGCAUCGUGCAUCUAAAGGGAACGGUGGAGGAAUGGAUGGCAAAAAAUAAAACACUGAAAUUGGGAAAAGGCAUCCUGGACCCGAGAGGGGUGUAUUUGUGUAAUGGGACAGAUAAGCUGGCAAAGGAGGUGUCUACUGUACAAGUGUAUUACCGAAUGUGCCAGAACUGUGUGGAGCUGGAUUCAGCCACUGUGGCUGGCGUCAUCAUCACUGACCUUAUUGCCACUUUGCUCCUGGCUUUGGGAGUCUACUGCUUUGCAGGACAUGAGACUGGAAGGCUCUCUGGGGCUGCUGACUUUCAAGCCCUGUUGAAGAAUGAGCAGCUGUAUCAGCCUCUUCGAGAUCGCGAUGAUGCUCAGUACAGCCGUCUUGGAGGGAACUGGUCCCGGAACAAAUGACCUCGAGACUGGGGCUUCUCAGAGUGCCUUAUCAAUUGUCCCGGAUCC